AUGUCUAAUUGGCGGCUCUGUGCCUCGAGAAAACUGUCUCGAUCUUGGAGCUACCUUCUACAACACAUUUCAGCCUUCUCUCCGAACCCUCGUCCUGGCGCGCUCGAACCACAACAUGGCACCUGCGCCGCCUUUUACUACCCGAUCAAAUACGAUCCCACAAUUGAAGACUCGUACCGGAAGCAGGUCGUCAUUGAUGGCCAGGCAUGCAUGCUCGAGGUUCUCGAUACAGCUGGCCAGGAGGAAUACACAGCGCUACGCGAUCAAUGGAUCCGAGAUGGCGAAGGCUUUGUGCUCGUAUACAGCAUCUCGUCGCGCUCGUCGUUCUCGCGUAUCAAACGUUUCCACCACCAAAUCCAGCGGGUCAAAGAGUCAACAGCCUCUUCGCCGUCAUACCCUGGCUCACCGCUGGCCGCCGCUAAUUCCCAGGCACCCGUACCUGUCAUGCUCGUCGGCAACAAGAGCGAUCGUGUGACCGAGCGCGAAGUGUCGACCCAGGAAGGUCAUGCGUUGGCCCGCGAGCUGGGCUGUGAAUUCGUCGAGGCUUCAGCUAAAAACUGCAUUAACGUCGAAAAGGCCUUCUACGACGUUGUCCGCAUAUUGCGCCGGCAGCGCCAGCAGGCAUCGCGCCCUGUUGCUCCCUCGAGCGGCACCCGUCGCCCAGCAGGUGGCGAAAGCAGCUCUCGUCGGACGGAUUCAGAACGCUACCGGAGAUCCAAGAGCAACCGUUGCGUUAUCUUAUAG